AUGUCUAAAGGGAAGAUGAAUGCGGAUCUAGGACCUGCGUUAAAGCCCUUUGACGGCAAGGAUAACUUCACGGAUUGGCAAAGGAUGAUGAAGAACGUAAUGAUACAACAAGAUUUGGAUGAUGCACUCAGCGGUGAGAAGCCGACAGGCAUGACAGACGCAAAAUGGACCAAGGUUCUCAAGAAGGCCAAGAGUUCCAUCGAGAUCCAUCUCACAAGAUCAGUUCGGUCACACAUCACCGAAAAGAUGACUGCCCAAGAAGCAUGGGAAAAGUUGGAGAAUGUUUAUAUGGGCAAAACCGUGUCCAAUAAACUUUUUCUAAAGGAUGAACUAUUCGGACUUCGACUGGAAGAAGGAGGUGAUAUUGAAGAUCACGUAUGCAGGUUCCAGAAUUGCAUAACUAAUCUUCGAAAGGUCGAAGAAACUUACAAAGAUGAUAAUAUGGCUAUCAUCUUGCUGAGGUCUCUACCUUCGUCUUUCAAGCACUUUCGAACAACUCUAAUGUUUGGAAAAGAGUCCUUGAAGCUUGAAGACGUGAUUCAAGCUCUUCAGUCAUAUGCUAAACUAGAUGAUAUAACUGAAAGCUCUCAAGGCCUUUAUGCCAAAAGCAAGGAGAGGGGGCGGGGAAAAGACAAAGGAAGAGAAAACAGGCAACAGAGGUAG